AUGGCAGUCAAAGUUAUUUCCCCUAGAUUUCGUUGGCCGGCGAACGCGCCCAAGGAAAACAAAUUGGUUGAAUUGAUCGAUGUUACCAUAUUCGAUGGGUCACAGGCUUUAUUCGAUUUGUUGGCGUCCAGAAGUAAAGAGGUAUUUCUCACCAAUAUUACCGCGGAAAAAGUUUUCAUUGCUCCAAGGACAAGAUUUCUUUACAUUUUGAAAGGUAAAAUGCUGGAUAUUGUUAUUCCGACUAACGUGGAGAUGAAUUUGGAAGAGCUUUAUAUUUCGGAUGUUCCUCUGACAAGGCUGCCAAGAAACUUGAUCAAUCUGAAAAGAUUGAUUCAUCUAGAUUUAGUGAAUCUCAUGUUGAAAACGCUGGAUAUGACAAGUUUUUCAGGGAUGAUGAUCUCGACUUUGGACAUUGAAAAGAUGGGAUCAGUGAUAACAAGUUCGAGGUUUUCAAAAUUGGAUAAUCUCACAGAGCUUACCAUCGAAAAUAGCCGUUUGGGUGUUAAUUUCGAUCGAUUGAUAGCACCCGCUUUAAACACUAUUGAUCUUGGACACAACAAACUACGAAGUAUUCCUAGCAGCUUGACCAAAAUUAAUAAAAACAUCGGAAAUGUGUUCAUCACUGAUAACGAUUUACAAACGCUGCCGCUGGACGUUUUCAUAGGUUUCAACAGCCUAGUGCAACUUUUUGCUUUCUCCAACAGUAUCAGCAAAAUCGUUGUGGAUAAGCUGAAAUCGUUGCCGGAGCUGAGCGUACUUGAUCUGGAAAACAAUCGUCUGACCGAGAUCGAUGCCCUGUCGAAAGUGGCACUGCCCAAUCUGUAUACACUUUCGCUUAAAGGAAACCGUAUUAAAUCGUUAAAACCGGUAGCGCAGUGGGCCACCUUGCAGUUUGUUUACCUUCAGGAAAACCCCAUCGAAUGUCGGUGGGUUCGGGCUACUGACCUUGUGAAUUCGGACUGGUCCCGGAAGCCACACAUUCAAAUCGACAGGGACAUGUGUGGAGAGGUGAGAUGA